AUGGUCCCUCAGGACCCUAACCCUCUCCUGUUGCAGCAGACCAGCAUGGUCCCCCAUGGUACUCUACCAGCAGCCCCCGAGGUGAAUGCCCAGGGCGCUCGGAGUCAGGCCAUGCCCCAGCAGAUGCCCUAUGAUAUGGAGCAUGCCCAGACAGGCUACCCCACACCCCAGUUCCCAGCGGGGCUAGUGUGCCAGACAGGCAGCCGGCCUCCAGACUUCAUCCAGCCUACGGCUCCUCUCCAGUCCCAGGUCCUCCCCCCACACCCUGGCUCUCUUGGGGUGUCCAUGCCUGGCCCGGCUGCUGUCCCUCAACCCCUUCAGAGUCAGCUCCAGAACCUCCCAGCUCAGCAGCUGCACCCUCACCACCAGCACCCCUCCGCCCCUUUCGUGACCACACUCCGUGCCGACCUCCAGCCCCUCCUGACUCACGGGGUUCCCCUCAGCCACACCAGCCUGGCCCAAAGCGGGGCUCUGUACGGGGGAAGCAUCCCCACCCUAACGGCAUCCCAGCUGGAGGAUGCCCAGAGGCUGCUGUUCCAACACCAGUCCCCGCUGACGCUGCCUCGGCUGGGGGGUCGCUCCAUGGGGAUGGCUGGAGAUGCCAGUGCCUUAGUGGCCGCUGCUGCAAGCCUGAGGACACAGUCUGCAGAUGGAGAGGAGGACAGCUCUUCUGGUGCCAGUCUGGUGGCCAUCGACAAUAAAAUCGAACAAGCAAUG